AUGGAACUCAGUGCUCAAGGUUACAACAGGUGUUUACAACAAGAAACUGCACAAUGCCUGACCUGGGUAGGGCAUCCGGAAACACGAUUUACUUUUGACCAUGUUGCUUGUGAAACAAUUGACCAGGUACCAGAAAUGAGCAAUACUGAGUUCUGUUUCUACAUGAAUUUGAUUCUCUUAAUUGCAAUGUGUUACAAGAAGUAUGAAUUUGUGCAGGAAACUCUUUUUAGGAUGGUUGGUCUACCAAUGGUGGAGAAUUGUUUGUCUGGAUAUAAUAGUUGUAUCUUUGCAUAUGGGCAGUUUUAUCUUGUUUCUGAUAUAGCUGUGAAAGAACUCAUUGCAGUUGCCACCAACAGAGAAGGUAAAGUUGGUGGAAGAAACGAAUAUGAAGCCACUUGA